AUGGCAAUACGAGCUUUAGAAAMAAUCGAGSAAAGAUAUGCAAGAUUGGGAACAACCAGAGAAUGUCAAGCUCGAUUCCGUUCAUCUGAAACAACUGAGCAACAAUAUUUUACGAAAUUUGAAACUAAUAUGAAAUAUGAAACAAAUAUUCGUGUACAUCUACAAAAUGAUGCAUCAGCCAACGGUUUCUCAAAACAAUUGUUGGGAAUGAGCCGAAUGAGGAAUGGAAAACUAGCCGAUGAAUCAACACAAUUCAUCGCAUUACCAACAAAUUUCUUUGAAAUUAAAAAAUCUUUAWAAUCAAAUUUUGAGAUGGGCUUGAAAUCUGAAUACCUGAAUUAUCCGAAUAUCCGGAUAUCCAAAUCCGAAUUUGAAUUAAACUCUUAUCCAGAUUUCCAAGAUUAUCCAGAUUUAUUGAUAUGCUUUUUAUAUGACUUGAGACUUACAAUUAUUUUUAAUACCAGAUUUGUUGAUAGUUUCAAUUUUUCUAAUUAUUUCAACUUAACUUUGUUUUCAAAAUUGGUGGAUGUCACCAAUUACCGAAGUCAGCUGUUCACUAUUUUCCAGAUUUGUAUACAAAUUAAUGGUUUUAAAUUUCCCCAACAAUUGGCUGAUGAAUGGUUAAAAAUAGAAAUACAAGAUGAUAAUGACAAUAUAAAGGCUCAUCAUAUUGAACAAGGUCUUAAAUUAGGAAUUUUUCUUGGUGAUGCCGGCUGGUUCAGUGAAUGUGCUCUAGUCUUAUCACAUACAUACAAAAUAAUUACUACAAAAUGGGUGUGUCUUGAUCGAAAUUUUGAACUGGUCAAAAUUAUUCAAUGUCUAACCAAGUGGUUAUUAGUAGUGUCAAACUACCAUAAUUUUGAUGAAGCUAAAAUAGUAUUACAACAUAUGCUACACACUAUWGCCAUCAUUGAAAAAAUAGAAGAAAGAAAAUUGUGUAUAGCAUAUGCCUAUGUGGCCGUUUCACAAUACUACUAUGUAUUAAUGGAAUUUAAUGAGGCUUGGUCUUGGGCAGUAAAAGCUGUCUAUGAACUCCGGGAUAAGAAUGCUGAUAUCUUGAAACUUUUGGUUAUAAGUCAUGCCAUAAGGGUUUGUUCUGUUUUGAACAAACUGAGCACAGCAAAAAAAUUAAUUAAUCAAUUGCACACUUAUGAAAAAGAAAUUGAUCAGAACAUUUAUGUUGAUAUAUUAUUGAAUGAAGCAUGCUACUCAUUAAAGGCUGAUUUAGCAAAAGAUAGCAUUAACAGUUACUAUAUUGCAUUAGAUUCUAGAAGAAAUUUAUUUGGUUAUUAUAAUUUACAUACUGCAAUUGUUUUUGUUGAUUAUGCAUAUGCUCGAUAUGUUUGCGAUUAUUCAACAACUGACUUUAAUGAAGCUAUGCGAAGUAUAUUACAAGGCAUAUUUAUCAUGGAAAAAAUUGGUUUACCAAGUGAUAAUAUGUUGUUAGUUAAUGCUGGACGAAUAAAGGCAUUGAUACUUGAAGAAAAAGCAUUGGACAUAAUGGACAGAGGUAUCGAUAUUUACAUUCAUGAUGGUAUACGAGAUUUACAAGCUGAUGGAAUUAAGCGAUUGUUAGAAAGAAUGAAGAGGAACAUGUUAAAUGAAGCUGAAGCCCUUCAUUUAAAAGCGUUAGAUGUUUCUUUGAAAGCAGUCGGAGUGAAAGCUUUGCUUACAGCAAAGUCAUACUGUAAUCUAGGAAGACUUUAUCAAAGCCAAGAAAAAUAUGAGCAAUCUGAAAAAAUGCAUUUAAAAGCUAUUGAUAUCAAAGAAUCAAUUUUAGGUAAAGAUAAUCCAGAAGUGGCUCUAUCUUUAGGUCACUUGGCUAGUUUGUACACUUAUCAGUUAAAAAAAUAUGAAGAUGCCGAAAAACUUUAUUUGCGUUCAAAAACGAUAUAUGAAACUACCUAUGGUCGCCAGUACACAGGAUUACUGUAUGAUUUCCAAGGAUUGGUAGAAGUUUAUCGAGAACUACAAAAUACUGAAAAGUUAAAUCUAUACAAUGAAAAUAUWUUAAGAUUUCAUGAAACACGUGAAGCUUGGUUACAUCAGGUGCACACUGCAGUUGAUGAAAACUGCACUAAAGACGAUUUAAGUUUGGAAAAGUUUAAAUGCAUACUGAAUGAAUGUGCUUGUGACAAGUAAUAAAUUUAUAUGUAAAAAUAGUUAGAAAAAAAAAUGUAUAUUAUGAUAUCUAUUGAUAUUUAAU